UUUUCGCCUAAGCCAUCAAAUAGUAUUGCUUACAUAUUCCCGGCUGAUAACCACGAAAUAUUAAUAAGAAAACUUUUAGUGAAAAAAUGUACUUUUAAUCGGUUAGCUUUCAUUUUGAGUGCAGUGAUACUUCCUUUUCAAUCAAAAGAAAAAUGUCGUUGAAGGUGGUCAAGCAAAUUUCUCCUAUACUCAGCACGCAAAGGUAUUUGCUGUUAAAUAAUACCGCAUAUUUUCGAUACGCUCAGACAUCUACAAAUACAACUUAUACAUCAACAUCAGAUGCACGUUCAGACAGCACACAAAAAGAAAUUGAUCAUCAUGCGAAUUUGUCUUCAACAUGGUGGGAUCUGAGGGGUCCGUUGCAUGGAUUACACUCGCUUAACGAAGUGAGAGUUCCUUUCAUGCGUGACGGUAUGGUGGCCCGUGGGAAUGUCGACCGUAGUUUGAUAAACACAACCAAAGUUCUACAAGAUCAAAAUCUGCUGGAAGUGGGUUGUGGAGGCGGCAUAUUAACUGAAGCAUUGGCACGCUUAAGCGCCAAUGUAACGGGAAUUGAUUUGGGCGAGGACGUCAUAACAGCGGCACGAAAACAUUUAGAGGAACAUAGUCCGGAGCUGAAGAAUCGUAUAACUUAUAAAAUCGAACCAAUAGAGGUACAUGCAAAAACGAAUUCGAAUCAUUACGAUGCAGUAGUAUGCUCGGAAGUCUUGGAGCACAUUGACGAUAAGGCAGGAUUUCUCACACAUUGUGUAGAAGCAUUGAAGCCUGGUGGUUCGAUAUUCAUAUCGACAAUGAACAAAACUAUCCCGUUGUGGGUUGGUGGCAUUAUUCUAGGAGAAUACGUGUUUGGUAUCGCACCGAAAAACACUCACCAUUGGAAUAAAUUGAUUUCACCUUUGGAUGUGCAACGCAUUCUUUCUGCGCUGAAUUGUCAAACUGUAAUGGUGAAUGGCUUUACUUACGACGUUUUUCGCAAACGCUGGCGAUGGAUUAACACCACUGCAAUGUGUUACGCUCUCCAAGCUGUUAAAGCUGGUUAAAUCAUUACAAACAAAUAUGGAAAUUGUUUUUGGAUAUUUUAUAUUAGAAGUAUAAUAAGUACCGAAAUAAAAAACACUAAAAAUAUGAAA